GCAACGAGGUAAUCGCUCUCGCAGGUGAUGGGUGGAUUCCACGAGGAGGUUUGUUGAAGGAAAGCCUAGAAAGUCCGCCGUCCCUGACCCAGCAAGAUCUCGGCAAUAGCCCAGGGAUCUACGACAUCAUUGUUGUUGGCAUCCAGGAGGCUGUUCUUGGAGCCAAAGACGCUGUUCAGCAGGGGGGUUCGAUUCGGCACCAUCACGAGUUGACUGAAGGCUUGCUUCGGCAUCUGGGAGACGAUUACAGCCUCUUCGCGACAAGUUCGCGCGGUGCCAUGGUACUGCUGCUUUUUGCUUCCAAGUUUGCACCUCCGAUCGACAAUAUCGAGAAGUCCGGAGAGAACACAGGAUUGGGCCACAUCUUUCACAACAAAGGCUUCUUCUUCGGUGAUUUGAAUUAUCGCUUGGACAUACCUCCAGACGUCUUGGGCUUGGCAUCAGAGGCAGCAGCGAACCAGGUGCAGGAGGCACAGAUUCGCGAAAUAAUGCGGCUGAUCGAGGCGAAGGACUUCGCCAAGUUGACGAAGUAUGACCAGCUACAGCAGGAGAUGACUGCAGGUAAAGUCCUGCAAGGCUUUUCUGCGCUGGUCCCAACAUGGGAGCCGACGUAUCGUAUGCAGAAAGGAAAAGUCGGUGUGAAUUUCGACACAGCUCGCGUGCCAUCAUACUGCGAUCGCAUCCUUCAUCGCAGCAUGCCUGGUUGCACGGGGAGCUUGCAGCUUGUGUCCUUCAACUCUGCACCAGAAGUGGCCAGCUCAGACCACAAGCCCAUUGCCAGCGACUGGCUGCUCAAAGCCUCUCAUCCCGAAGGAAGCGCACGGAAGCGGCUAUGCUUGGAAAAGCUUUCCACGCGGAUGCACAGCAAGGUGCAGCCAGUACUCAAAGUCACCGUGUUUCCCAACAAGGCAGAAGACGAGCAGGCGGUCUCGAAGUGCAGGGGAAGCCCUGGUCAAGGUGAAGAAGCCGUACAUGUGUGGGAGGCGCUUGGCUUCGUGGCGACGGUCGGGCCAGAUGACCACAUACUCAUCCACAUCUGGGACCAGAACAAGGAGUGGCCCAUAGAUGGACUGGUGGGGGUUGUUGUUUUGCCCUUGGCGCAGCCCUGUGUGAGCUUUCGAGAGCCCAUCAUUGGCUAUGGGGAGCUGAAUGGUACCAUCGAGGGGUUGUUGAGGAUAAGCAGUGAGCCGGGUUUGCCGCUUAAAGCCAUGGCGCCCAAAGACAAAGAGCGGCUCGAUGGCCCAGGGAAAGGUCGCGGGCGAGGCGGGCGAGGCAAAGGUGGCAAAGGCGGAGCACCGGUUGGUGUGGCUUCGGACACUGCAAAAAGGCUCCAGGAGCUGGAUGGUGGCUCCGUCGAAGCCGAGUCCAACUUCGAGAUUCUGCGGGCACAGCGAGCGCAAGCUCGAAAGGGGGUCAAGCAGUUCAAGGACAUUCGCGAAAACGAGGGUGUGGAUGAAGACGAUCCACUGAAUAGCAUCGACGAUGGUAUCCGCCUCGAGCCCUUCAACAUGCGCCGAGAGAUGAGGGAGGGACACUUUGAUGAGAGCGGAUUCUACGUACUCAACAAGGACGAGGAGAAAAAGGUGACAGAUGCAUGGUUAGACACCGUCGACCAGGCAGAACGGACAGCCACCUUCAGAGCAGCAGACAAGCAGAACAAGGCUCUGGACACAGCAGCAAAUCGUUUGUCGGCCAUGGCCAAAAACCUGGGUCCGGACUCUGAAGGUGAGGAGGAGGACGAUGAGGACAAAGAUGAGGGAGAAGGAGCGGAGAAGAAGGAGGCAGCCGAAGACCCCAAAAAGACGGCUGAGGAGGAAGCCCAAGAGGACGAGAAAGAUGAAGCCACGAUUAUAGACAUGUUGGAGGAGCUGGUUGCUUUCCUCGAGCCCCUGGAGAGUCCCGCCAUGGCGUUGGCGCGUGUGCGCCGCGGUGACGCAAGGGGGAAGGAGCCGGUCCUCAAGACUCGCGCACGCAUGCGCAAGGCACGUGCGGAGGCAACCCAGGCUGUCACCCUUUCCUCGAAGGAUGGUGAUGCGCGACCCAAGCGAAAAAAAUUCAACGAGUGGGGUUACGAGGAGCCCAGCUCGAUGGACGCGCCAGUGGCAGCGGAGGCACAGCCUGAGCAGGUACCUGCUGCACCAGCCUUGGACAAAGCUGCUCCAAUAGGUGCUGAUACGGCGGCUGCUGAGGCCGAUGCCUCCACGCAGGCGGCUGAGCAGAAGUCCAUAUCCGACGAGGACAGAGGGAAGGUGGAAACAGAGCUGGCCAAAGCAGAAGCUGCACGUGCUGCAGCUGCAGCUGCAGUAGCUGCAGAGCGGGCGGCUGCUGCCGAGUCAGCCAAGGCGGCCGCAGAGAAGUCCAGUGUCACUAAUGCUGCGGCGGUGGCAGAGGCAGCGGCAAAGGCAGCUGCAGACGAGAAGGCAGCCGAGGAGGCAGCCAAGGCGUUUGCUGCAGAGAUGAAGAUGUCUCGCAGCAUCGCUCGUGCGCUGGUGCCCGAACAAGGCCCCGAGGCCGCGGCUAUCGUCAACCUGAACUCAGAGGAGACCCGUGAUGUUCGGGAGAAGGCCAUGCCAAAGCUUCCUGAGGAAGUGCCUGCAGAUGGACCUCCACGACCUGGACACCGGCGCAAAGCGGCUCCAGUAGACGAUGAGGAGGCUGCAAGGAGGGCGAAGAUGAGCCGCCUUACUGACUUGUGCGAUCGCCUUCUCGAGCGGGGCGUGCUGGUUUACGAUUCGGCUCGUGAGCUGCUUGCGAUUGAUGUCCGACAGCGGAAGGGCGAAAACCUGACUGGAGAAGAGGAAUUGGCAGAGCCACCGAAGCAGGCCGAGGCCACCAAAGGCGACAAGAGACCUGCAAACGAUGCUGCGCCUGAGGUUCAGUUCACCAACAAGCGCUUCAAAGCUGGAGCAAGCGAUGCCCCAGUCGUGGAAACAGUCUCAGCCAACUCGACAAGUUCGGCAGGUCCUUCUUCCACAUCACUGCUGUGGCAGUUUCGCUGGGGCCACAAUCCUGACGAGAUCAACGGCCCCUUCGACUCAGUCACGAUGCAGGGCUGGAUGAUGCAGGGUUGCUUCUCUGAUGAACGCCCGGCUGAGUUCCGUCAGUGCGAUGAGAAAAACCAGCCGAAGGAGCGAUGCUGGCAUCGAUGGGACAAGAUUGACUUCGAGCUGUACAUGUAG